AUGGAAAUGGAAUACAAUGAAAUAAUGGCUACUCCGCUUAAUGUGGGACACCCCACAACUGAUGUUCAUACAUGGGGAUUUGAAAGUGAUGAAGAAGAUGAAGGUCACCCAAUGCAUAUGCUACCAACCUAUAGAUUACCUGUGAGUCACAGAAGAAAAGGGACUCUUUCGAAAUGGCGAGCAAUAAAUUCAAAACCGAAACCGCAUCCAUUUACUGGCAAUCAGCACGUUACAAACUAA